UAUUGAAUCGUCAAAAAUUGCCCAAACGCAGUGAUGAUGAACACAUCGUCGUCUCCCCCAAAACCUCCCUUAAAUCCUUCUGAAAUCACUGAAACACUAACCAAAAUCCUCGCCACGAACACUCCUUCCACCUCUCUCACUUCUUCAAUUUCCGAAUUCAUCCCAUAUUUGACCCCUGGAAUCAUCCACACAAUCAUCUCCUCCAAAACCCUUAAAUCAAACCCCCAGGCUCUCUUAAAUUUCUUCAAAAUCUCCCAAACUCACGCUCCUAAUUUCGUCAAUGGCUCCCCCACCACUCUUCCGUCGUUAUUCGUGGUGCUCCAAACGCUAUUUGCUCACAACAAAUGGUCCGAUGCCAAAGCUCUCCUUCUUAGCUUCAUCGGCGCCGACACGCGGCAUCGUCUCCUCCGGUCCAUCCUUCACCCCACGCGGGACAUCCCUCGUCACUCCAAAGCACUUUACGACACAGCUAUUGGUGCUUAUGUCAAGAUGGGAUACCCUCAGUUGGCCAUGAUUGUGUUUAGGAGGAUGAAAAGACUCAGGAUUUGCCCUAAACUCAUUACCUGCAACACAUUGCUUAAUUCUCUGGUAAAACACUCAUCCUCCCGUUCCAUUUUGUAUUCCAGAGAAGUAAUUAACGAUGCCAUCCUACUUGGUGUCGUUCCCAAUGUGAAUAUGUUCAAUAUCAUGAUCAAUGGCUAUUGUUUAGAGAACAAAUUUGGCGAUGCCAAGGAUUUGAUGAAAAAAAUGAGAGAAUCUAACUGUCUACCUGACAAUGUAACCUAUAACACUUUGUUGAAUGCUUUAUGCAAGAAGGGCAGAUUAAACGAAGUUAGGGAAUUGCUUCUAGAUAUGAAGAAUCAAGGUUUAUUUCCAAAUCGCAACACUUAUAACACUUUAGUUCAUGGAUAUUGUCAGAGGAAAGGGUGUCUGACAGAAGCUACUCAUAUCUUCGAUCUCAUGACACAAAACAACUUCUUGCCUGAUCUUUGGACUUACAACACAUUAGUUAGUGGACUUUGUGAUGAGGAAAAGAUUGAAGAAGCCAUUAAACUUAUUAACAAGAUGGAGAAUUUGAAAUUAUUCCCCGAUAUCAUUACUUACAAUACAUUGAUAGAUGGUUGCUUUAAGUGUAAGAAAAGUUCCGAAGCAAUCAAGUUUCUUGAUUUGAUGAGUGAAAGAGGAAUAAAAAGGAACGAGGUAACUUACAAUAUACUUAUAAAAUGGUAUUGUAGAGAAGGUGAUAUGGAUAAAGUUCUUGAAACAAUAAACGAUAUGGAAGCAAGUGGAUUUUCUCCAGAUAGUGUAACAUAUAACACUUUGAUUAAAGGUCAUUCCAAAGUUGGUAAUCUAAAAGAAGCAUUAAAGAUCAUGAAAGAAAUGAGUGGGAGACGUUUAAAAAUGGACACUUUUACCCUCAAUACCAUUCUCCAUGCCUUGUGUCUAGAGAAUAAGCUAGACGAGGCAUAUGAGUUUCUUAAAGAUGCUAAAAAGCAAGGUUAUAUAAUCGAUGAAGUAAGCUAUGGAACUUUAAUGAUGGGGUACUUCAAGAAUGAAAAUUUUGAAAAGGGUAUGAAUCUUUGGGAUGAAAUGAAGGAUAAAGAGAUUGUUCCUAGUGUAAUUACAUAUAACACUGUUAUAUUUGGGCUAUGCAAAUCGGGAAAAAUGGAAAAAGCAAUAUCCAAGUUAAAUGAGCUUCUUGAAAACGGUUUAUCUCCCGAUGAAAAGACAUAUAAUACAAUUAUUCUUGGGUAUUGUUGGGAGGGGGAUGUUGAGAAGGCGAUUCAGUUCCAUAAUGACAUGGUUAAGAACAAGUUUAAGCCAGAUGUUUAUACAUGUAACAUUCUUUUACAUGGGCUUUGUAGUAAAGGGUUAGUGGAAAAAGCUUUUACUCUUUUCAAUACAUGGGUUUCAAAUGGAAAAACAGUGGAUUUAGUAACUUAUAACACGUUAGUGUCAUGUUUGUGUAAAGAGGGGAGAUUUGAAGAUGUCAAAGAGCUUGUUCUUGAAAUGAAGGAAAAGAAUCUUGGCCCUGAUAGGUAUACAUAUAAUGCUGUUCUUGGUGUGGUUAAUGAUGGUGGGAAGAAUGAGGAGGUGGAGGAUUUGAUGGAAAAGAUGAUUGAGUGGGGGCGAUUUGAUGAUUUGGACUCUAGUGGGGGUGUGGAGGAAUUAGAUGAAAGUUCAGGGGGGUAUUCGGAAAAUAUCGAUAGGCUUUGUAGUGAAGGAAAGUAUCGGGAUGCAAUGUGUGUUUUUGGUGAAGUGUUGGAGAAAGGUGUGGCUUUGAAGAAGUCGACUUGUAUUAAUUUGAUGUGUGCACUUGUGAAGAGAGAAAUCAGGUCAACUGUCGUUUGAUUGUAGUAAAAAAAAAAGUCAAACAAGAAUUUUUGCAUCAGAGGAUCCAAGGAAUGGUGUAUGGAUUACUUCGGAAUCAUUGAUUCCAGUUGAAUAGUCAACCGUUGAACAUGAAGGUACCUUUUUCUAUUUGAAUCAUGCGUUUUUAAUUUUUAUGGGUUGAGAUAGCCUAUGUAAGAAUAGAUAGGUUGCCCUUUUUAGGGAGAAGGGGGUUGAAUGGUAAAUAAUGCAAGAAAAUUUCAUUAUAUCAGAAUUGGAACCAUUAAAAAUGUGAAAUGACAAAAAUAAAAUGCCAAAAACUUAAGAAUUUACUUGUAGUUUCAUUCGGAGGGAUGCAGUGGGUAUAGGAAAUAGAAUGUUGUUUUUAUUAUUAAAUUUUGUAAUUUUUAUUUAACAUUUUGUAACUUGUUAUUGUAUGUGGAAUAGAGUCGGACUAGCAGUCCCCAUUGCCAGAUUCUUAUGGGACUGGAUUCUGUUAUUGUUAUUGCUGUAUAAUUU